UGGGCGUGGCAGCAGAAGUGAGGUGGAAGAGUCAAGCUAAGAGAGUCUCAGCAUCUCUCACUCUGGCCUUAGCAGGAAGGGCUUGUAGUUUGUAAACCAGACAUGAUAUCUCAUUUGGAAAAUGGGAAAGGUUCAUGGGCAGUGGUGAGAGAAACUUCAAGAACUUCCUAUGAAGACUUGGAAACCAAUUCUUCAACUAAGGAUGCUACACUAUCAGAGAAUGUUUUUGAAAAAGAUUUGUCACAGAAGAUCAUUGUAAAGAAACUGACAGAGAAUGGCCCAUGGAGCUCCAGAGUGGGAAGGUUUAGGAAAUGGAAUAACAGCAUAUUAAGACUCCAGAACAUUCCGAAGAGUCAUCUGAGCCAGAGACUCACAGCAGAGAAGAAAACUGUUGCUGCUCAAAGGGGUAUUAGACUUGGAUCUGCUCCUUUUCCAGAACCAGGAAUUAUCGCAGAAGAACUGAGCAGAAAAUGCCAAAUACAUGAGAAAAAUUUCACAGAGAAUUUAGAUUUGAUUACAGAUACCCAUUUGGGGAAGAUGAUUUGCAAGGAUACAGAAGACCAUAAAACCAUAAGGCAGACUUUAGAAUUUAUUUUGACAAAAAAAUCCGGUACUAAAGAAAAACCCUGUAAAUGUAACAGAUGUGAGAAGGCCUUCUGUUGUAAGCCACUGCUCACCCAACAUCAGAGAACUCACACUAAAGAAAAGCCUUUUGAAUGCAAUGAAUGUGGGAAGAUGUUUAGCCAGCUCUCAUAUCUAAGUCAGCAUCAAAAAGUCCACACUGGAGAAAAGCCCUAUAAAUGUAGUGAGUGUGGAAAAACCUUCAUUGCUUCUUCAUCACUGAUGGUACAUCAGAGGACUCAUACUAGGGAGAAACCUUACCAGUGUAAUGUCUGUGGAAAAUCCUUUAGCCAGUGUGCCCGCCUUAAUCAGCAUCAAAGAAUGCAAACUGGAGAGAAAGCCCGUACGUGCUUCCAGUGUGGGAAGGCAUUUAGCGAUAAAUCCAAACUUGCACGACACCAGCAAACGCACAACCAUGAGAAGGUCUACAAAUGUGAUGAUUGUGGGAAAGCCUUCAGAAAUAAAUCCUAUCUUAGUGUCCAUCAGAAGAUCCACACUGAGGAGAAGCCAUACAAGUGCAGUGAGUGUGGAAAAUCUUUCAAGAAUACCACAAUUUUUAAUGUCCAUCAAAGAGCCCACACCGGAGAGAAACCCUUUCCAUGUAACGAAUGUGGGCAGGCCUAUAUGAGCAAUUCAAGCCUCGUCUUGCACACCAGAACUCACGCUGGGGAAAGACCGUCUGCAUGUAGUGAGUGUGGGAAAGCCUUCAGCCAGAUAGCAAAUCUCACAGAGCACCAGAGAAUCCAUACAGGGAAGAAGCCCUAUAAAUGCCACGAGUGUGGAAGAGCAUUUAUUAACUUUUUCUACCUCACUGUCCACCACAGGGUGCACGCAGGAGAGAAACCCUAUGAAUGCAGCGAGUGUGAAAAGGUCUUCACGCGGUCUCCAUCGCUCCUUAUACACCAGCCUGUUCACACUGACGAGAAACCUUACCUGUGUAAUGAGUGCGGGGAGUCUUUCGGGAUACAGUCGCACCUGACCGUGCGUCAGAGGGUUCAUACUGGGGAGAAGCCGAACAAAUGCACUAACUGUGAGAGAACGUUCUCCAAAAUGACAAAUCUCAGGGAGCAUCAGAAAAUUCACACCGGAGUGAAGCCCUGUAAGUGUUACGACUGUGGGAAGUUCUUCCGGACCAAAUCCUACCUUAUUGUGCAUCAGAGAAGGCACGCUGGGGAGAAGCCCUGCAAAGGUAAGGAAUGUGAUAGAGCCUUCACAAAUACAUCGCGGCUGACUGUGCAUCAGAGAAUCCACACUGGGGAAAGGCCUUGUAGAUGUGAGGGAUGCAAAAAGGCCUUUAGACCUAGCUCAGACUUGACUGCGCACCUGAGAACGCACACCGGAGAAAAGCCCUACAAGUGUAAUGACUGGGAAAGCCUUCGGGAGCAGCUCAAGCCUCCCCGUGCAGCAGAAACUCCAUCAGAGAGGGACUCAGCCAAUACAGUGUUCAAUCACAGAAUCCUGUGAGCUGUAUUUAAGAACUUUAGGGAACUUAUCAGUAGAAAUUAAUUAGCUCCUGUACACUAAAUUAAAAACUCUAAAUAUGGAUGUUAGAAGAAUUUAGUUAUAUUCUUAGAAAUAAUUCAAAUGAGAUUAAAAGUAGACAAAUGAAAACCUUCAUCCAUAGUUCAUACUUUACUCAAUCAACAAAUUAAAGUUAAUUGUCUUUAUA